AUGCCCUGUGGCCCCACGGGACCCCUGACCUGGCCGAGGGGUGGGUGGUGGAGGAAUCUGGCCUUGCCCAGGGGCCUCAGGGUCACUGUCCCCACAGAACAUGGCCUUGCCGACCCCCACGGGCCUUUGUCUCCUCCUGCUCAGUCUUGGCUGUGUGAUACCCUGUGAGGUCCACGCUGCUGGGACCAGGCAGGGUGUCUUAGCGAGGAGGCUGCGUAGUGACUUCAGGGACCUUAAACCGUCGGCUGUUUACCGGAAGGCCCGGCAGGCCCAACCACAGCAGGCCAGGCAGGAAGAGCCAGGCUGCCCCCCAGGGAAGGAGGUCCAAGAGGUGGACGAGAUGCUGGUCCUCUACUCCGACGCCGAGCUGCAGGCCUGUGUGGACGGCACCCUGUUGGCCACGCAGCUGGACCGGGUGGAUGCCCUGCCCUUCACCUAUGGGCAGCUUGCCAGUCUCAAGCGCAAGCUGGACCAGGCCUACCCCGACGGCUACCCCAAUGACGUGAUCCAGAGACUGGGCUCCUUGUUCCCGCUGGUCACUCCUGAGGACAUCGGCAAGUGGGACGUGAAGUCCGCAGAGAUGCUGGAGAGCCUGCUCCGAGCCACGAAGGGGCCGAAUUCGGAGGCUCAGGUGGCUGCCCUGAUAGCCCGCUAUGUGGCGGGUGGGGCCCAGGUGGAUGAGGGCGCCCUGGGCACUGUAGCUACCAUCCAUCCUGCCUCUCUGUGCCUCUUCAGUCCCGAGCAGCUCAGCCUCCUGCAGCCCCGCCUCCUCUGGGAGGUGGAUCCUGGGGCCUUGAAGGACUGUCCACUGCCACAGAAGGAGGCCCUAUACAGCAAGGCUCAGCUUGCCUUCCAGAACCUCUCUGGGCCCAGCUACUUGGAGAGGAUGCGGCCUUACCUGGGGGGGGCCACCACGGAGCAGCUGCGUGUUCUCAGCCAGAAGAACAUCAGCAUGGACAUGGCUACUUUCAAGGAGCUGAGGCGAGAGGCCAUAUUGCCCCUGACGGUGGCUGAGGUGCGGGGACUGCUGGGGCAGAACGUGGGGAACCUGAAGGCCGAGGAGUGGCACAGCCCCGUGUGGGACUGGAUUGUGCAGCAGAGGCAGGAGGAUCUGGACACGCUGGGGCUGGGGCUGCAGGGCGGCAUCCCCAAUGGCUACCUGCUCCUGGAACUGGGUGACCGGGGGGCCCGAGGGGCCUAUGGGAGGCAUGGCUAGCUGGCCGGGCUGUGCACGCCCCACUGUAUGGAGGUCCUCUCAGGGGCCCUGCCUCCCCAGACCUGGACCUGUGCCGGCCACCCUCCUAGCAUCAACCCUGAGUUAACCAUUGCCCUGAAACCCCACCUGGCAGAAAGGGGCCACCCAUCCCACCCCACCCCGGAGCCUCAAUAAAGGGUCAUGUCCCCGCAGAUGUAA